AUGAAGUUCAGCAUCCUCGCUACCUUCGCUGCUCUUGUCAGCAGCUCUGCUGCUGCUAACCAGGCUGUUGUCAUCAACAACUGUCCCACCACGAUCUAUGUUCAAUCUUUCCCUUAUAAUGGCGCGGCUCCAGGCGCUCUGACUGCCCUGAAGCCAGGACAGAAGUUCGCCGAGAACAUGCGUGCAUCCGGCUCGACUGUCAAGAUUGCUACUAGUAGGACUCUCACUAGGCCUCUCUUCUUCGGAUACUCUUCAACCUCCAAGCCCAACUAUGUCUACUAUGAGUUUAGCACUGAAUGGGGAAACCCUUUUGCCAACAAGCACAACAUCCUCAGCCCUGGCUCGGGUUGCAAGAAGUUUGACUGCCGUGCUGGACAGGCUGGCUGCUACAGUACGCCAUCAAUGAAGAAAGUAUUCGGGUGCCCGAGCCCUACCACUGUCACUGCUACGAUUUGCGCAAAGUAG